ACACCCCCACACCACCCACCUCUCCGUAACCAUCUCUCUCUCUCUCUCUCUCUCUCUCUCUCUCUCUCUCUCUUGUUUCUCUCUCCUCCAUGGGAACAACAACUGGAGAUCAUCACCAGCAUCCCCACCAGUGGGUCAACCUGUCGGCGAAGCGGCCGUUCGCAAAAGCCCUGAAAUCCGAUCUUACGGAGACCUUCUUCCCCGACAACCCAUUCGGCGGGCUCGGCGACCUCCCGGCCGGCGCCCGGGUCUUCAGAGUGCUCCAGUACUUUGUCCCGAUCCUCGAAUGGGGCCCCAAGUACACCCUCUCCAAUUUCCGCUACGACCUCCUCGCCGGCGUCACCAUCGCCAGCCUCGCCAUCCCCCAGGGCAUCAGCUACGCCCGCCUCGCCAACCUCCCGCCGAUCAUCGGCCUCUAUUCGAGUUUCGUGCCGCCGCUGAUCUACGCGGUGUUCGGAAGCUCUAAGAACCUGGCGGUGGGGACGGUGGCGGCGGCGUCGCUGCUCCUCGCGUCGAUCAUCGGCGCGGACGUGCCCGCGGCGGAGGACCCGCAGCUGUACCUCAACACGUUCUACACCGCGGCGUUCUUCACCGGAGUUAUGCAAGCCGUGUUAGGGAUCUUCAGGUUAGGGAUAUUGGUGGAUUUUUUAUCCCGUUCGACGAUAACGGGAUUUAUGGGAGGGACAGCGACGAUAAUAAUUUUGCAGCAGUUGAAGGGGAUGCUUGGGAUGAAGCAUUUCACCACCAAAACGGAUUUGGUUUCGGUUAUGCACUCCAUUUUCUUCUAUAGACACGAGUGGAGAUGGGAAAGCUUCGUUCUUGGGAUAUGCUUCCUCUUCUUUUUGCUCCUCUCUCGGCACCUGAAAACAAAGGUGCCAAAGCUAUUCUGGGUGUCAGCAAUUGCCCCUCUACUGGUUGUUGUAAUUGGUGGUAUCUUUGCUUAUCUUGUGCAUGGAGAGGAACAUGGGAUCCCUAUAGUUGGUGAUCUGAAGAAAGGGCUUAAUCCGAUCUCAAUUUCUGACUUGAAUUUCCAAUCUCGCCACCUUACCACUGCCAUAAAAGCAGGGCUACUUUCAGGAUUCCUAGCUCUCGCGGAAGGAAUAGCAGUGGGGAGAAGCUUAGCUUUGAUGAAAAAUGAACAGAUAGACGGGAACAAGGAGAUGGUAGCUUUCGGGAUCAUGAACAUCGUCGGUUCUUUUACUUCGUGUUAUCUCACAACAGGUCCCUUUUCGAAGUCGGCUGUGAAUUUCCACGCGGGGUGUAAGACCGCGAUGUCCAAUGUGGUGAUGUCGAUAUGCAUAAUGAUGGUUUUGCUGUUCUUGGCUCCUCUCUUCAAGUACACUCCCUUGGUGGCCCUCGCUGCGAUCAUUGUUGUCGCCAUGAUUGGGCUUAUCGAAAUCAAGGAGUUCCGACGCCUCUUCAAAGUGGACAAGUUCGACUUUUGCAUAUGCAUGGUUGCCUUUCUCGGUGUCGUGCUCUUCUCUAUGGUUAUCGGUCUCAGUUUUUCGGUAGGUUUGUCGAUAAUUAGGGCAUUGUUAUAUGUAGCUAGACCUACAACAUGCAGGCUCGGAAACAUAAGAGGAACGGAAUUGUUCCGCGAUGCAAAGCAAUAUCCUGAUUCACUUAGUCUCCCAAAUAUCCUCAUCUUGAAACUGGGCUCUCCUAUCUACUUUGCAAAUGCUGGUUAUUUAAGGGAAAGGAUAACAAGAUGGUUAGAAGACGAAGAGAGCGUUCGCAAGAAGAAUGGAGAAGAUAUACAUCAUGUUAUUGUUGAAAUCGGCGGUGUGACAUCCAUCGACAACUCUGGUAUUGGGAUGCUAAAUGAAGUCCACGCAAACCUUGAUAGAAGGGGGAUCCAGAUGGCUUUAGUGAAUCCUAGGCUAGAGGUCGCAGAUAAGUUAAUGUCAUCCGGGUUCAUCGAACUAGUCGGACAGGAUUGGGUUUUCCUCUCUGUUAAUGAUGCAGUAACAGCGUGCCGGUUUAAUCUCCAAGAAUCAAGAAACAAGGAGGAUCGAGCAUAGAUCAAAAUCAUAAGAGGUUUGUUAGUGUGGAUCAGAGCACAUUUGGGUGGGGCACAUCUCAUUCUAAGUUGAGAAGAUAUCUUCAGGUUAUCUCACCACAAUAAUUUGAAAGAAAACAAUUGCGAACUUAAGAAGCCAUAACGGAGAUAUCGGUUUCUGCAACAACAGUUCAGCUUCUAAUGAGGAGGUAUUUUGAGAUGGGAGAUUUGGGCUGAAAGGGUAUUAUUGCUCCUCGGACGUAAUUCGAUCAUAUUCGAGAAUAUUUAUCGAUUUGGAAAUUGUUGGAUUCAAGUGCAAAAUCUCCAUCAAUUGUGCCAUUGUUUUUUUUCACGUCAUUGAACUGUACCUACCUUUGAAGGCAAAGAUAAGAGAGCUGUAACAUUGCUUUAUCACCACAUGCAGAAGAUGAUUUCUGCUGUGAAAUGAAGUGCUUUUCCUUCUUUA